UGUGACUCGAAAGUUCCUCAAUAAUCGCACCCAAGUUUCUCCUUUUUGGCGCCAAUUCCACUCCCGACUCCAUCGUCGUAUCACUACUUCUUCAAAACCCUAGAUUUCCUUCAACCGAUUGGCAUCAAAGCUGUUGAUAGUUUCAGCGAUGAACGAACCACGGGCUAAACGCCCUAAAAUCAGCAGGGGAGAAGAUGAUUAUCUGCCAGGGAACAUAAUAGAGAUUGAGAUUAGAAACUUUAUGACUUUUAAUCAUUUGGUAUGCAAGCCUGGUUCUCGGUUGAACCUUGUGAUUGGACCGAAUGGGUCUGGUAAAAGCUCGUUAGUGUGCGCGAUUGCGCUAGGCUUGGGCGGCGAACCUCAGCUGCUUGGGCGGGCUGCAACUAUCGGUGCGUUUGUUAAGCGUGGAGAAGAAGCUGGGUAUACCAAAAUUACGUUGAGAGGUAACACUUCUGAUGAGAAGAUUGUUAUAACGCGUAAGAUAGAUGCACGUAACAGGUCCGAGUGGCUGCAUAAUGGCAGAGCGGCUUCUAAGAAAGAAAUAACUGAUGUAAUCCAAAAGUUCAAUAUUCAAGUCAACAAUCUGACUCAAUUUUUACCACAAGAUCGCGUUUGCGAAUUUGCUAAACUAUCUCCGGUUAGACUUCUAGAAGAAACCGAAAAAGCUGUUGGUGAUCCUCAACUGCCUGUGCUGCAUCGUUCUCUUGUUGAUAGAAGUGCAGAAUUGCAGCGAUCUGAACAGGCUGUUGAGAAGAACAAAGAAACACUCAAUCAGCUAAAGGCACUAAAUGCCGAACAAGAAAGAGACGUGGAGCGUGUUCGUCAACGAGAUGAACUUUUAGCAAAGGCAGAGUCUAUGAAGAAGAAAUUGCCAUGGCUGAAAUACGACAUGAAGAAGGCUGAGUAUCUCGAGGCUAAAGAUCAAGAGAAGGAUGCAAAGAAGAAGCUUGAUGAAGCAGCCAAAUUGUUAAAUAAAAUUAGAGAACCUAGCGAAAAACUACAAAACGAAAAGAAGGAACAAGAUGCUAAAUGCAAAAGGUUCAAAGAUCUUUUAGAAAACGUUGAAACGUCGUUCAAGCAAAUGUUGGAUAAAGAAAAUCAGCUGGGUGUUAAAGUGAAAGGGAAGUAUAAUGACAUGGAGGAUUUAGAGAGGCAAGAACACUCACGUCAGCAACGAAUAGCAAAAGCUGAAAAAGAUCUAGCUGACGCUGAGCUGGAACUGCAAAAUGUACCACCAUAUGAACCUCCCCGAGAAGAAAUUGAAAAGUUAGGUGCUGAAAUAUUGGAGCUGGAAGCUUCUGCAAGAGAAAAACGAUAUCAAAAGAAAGAAAAAGAGAAGCUUUUAGAACGAAAUAAACAAUUAGCAAGGCAAACCGCAGAAAGAUUAAGGGAGAUGGAAAAUGUUAAAAAUAAACGUUUACAGGCGUUAAAAAAUUCUGGAGCUGAAAAAAUCGUUGAUGCUUAUCAAUGGGUACAAGCACACAAACAUGAAUUUAAGAAGGAGGUGUAUGGGCCUGUAUUAAUUGAGGUCAACAUUUCAACCCAGCUUCAUGCUUCAUACUUAGAGAGUCAUGUACCUUAUUACAUUUGGAAGGCUUUUAUCACACAAGAUUCUGGUGACCGUGACCUCUUGUUCAGAAACCUCAAGUCAUUUGAUGUUGCCGUAAUUAACCACGUUGCUGAUGGAAAUCGCAACCCAGAGCCAUUUAAUAUUUCUCAAGAGAUGUCAUCCAUGGGCUUAUAUUCAAGGCUUGACCAAGUUUUUGACGCUCCACAUGCCGUCAAAGAGGUUUUGAUUGGGCAAGCGGGUCUUGAACAUUCAUACAUAGGGUCUAAAAAGAGCGAUGAAAACGCUGACAAGGCCCAUAGUUUUGGGAUAAUGGAUCUUUGGACUCCCGAAAAUCACUAUCGUUGGUCUAAAUCACGAUACGGUGGUCAUGUUUCCGCAUCUGUGGAAGCAGUGAGUGAUUCUCGUCUUCUUUUGUCCAAUACCGAUGGUGAUGAAUUGAACACGCUUCGGGGAAAGAAAAAGGAGUUGGAUGAGACCAUUUUCGGUAUAGAAGCGAGUUUUAAGUCGAUACAGAGUGAGAUAAAAGAGUUGGAAGAUUCAGCUGCCCAAUUUCAAAAACAACGUGAGAAUCUUGUGAAUGAAGCACAACUUGAAAAAAGGAAACUCAAGGAGCUUCAAAAUAGAGUUAAUCAAAAGAGGCUAAAAUUACAGUCAAUGGGGAAGGAGGAAGACGUAGCCGUUGCAUUGUCAAAGUUGGUUCAAGACGCCGAGAACUUUAAUAUUCAAAGAUUUAAAUGUGCAAUGGAGAUUAAGAAAUUACUCACUCAAGCUACUGCCUACAGGAGGAGUUAUGCUGAAAGGUGCAUGGCCUCCGUUGAACUUGAGAUCAAGAUAAAAGAGAUGGAAACGUCUAUCAAGCAUCAAGAGAAGCUUGCACUGCAAGCUUCUUUACAUUUUGAAAACUGUAAAAAAGAGGCGGAAGAUCAUAGACAACAAUUGGCAGCCGCCAAGAGAGCCGCAGAAUCAGUCACUGUUAUUACGCCGGCUCUUGAACAAGAAUUUCUUCAGAUGCCUUCUACCAUUGAGGAAUUGAAUGCUGCAAUUCAAGAUAUAACGUCUCAAGCUAACUCUAUUCUCUUCCUGAACCACAAUAUAUUAGAGGAAUAUGAACGACGUCAAAGAAAAAUAGAGGAGCUUUCAGUCAAACUGGAAUCUGAUGAAAAAGAGUUGACUGCCCGUUUAGAAGAACUGAGCUCCCUAAAGGGCAAGUGGCUUCCGACACUUCGAAACCUUGUUGCUCAAAUAAACGAGACUUUCAGCAAGAAUUUUCAAGAAAUGGCGGUUGCAGGAGAGGUUUCAUUGGACGAACACGGAAACGAUUUUGAUAACUAUGGAAUUCUUAUUAAAGUGAAGUUCAGGCAAGCAGGCGAACUUCAAGUUUUAAGUGCUCACCACCAGUCUGGAGGGGAGCGUUCGGUUUCAACAAUUCUUUAUCUUGUUUCACUUCAAGAUCUGACAAAUUGUCCCUUUAGGGUGGUGGACGAGAUAAAUCAAGGAAUGGACCCUAUUAACGAGAGAAAGAUGUUCCAGCAAUUAGUCAGAGCUGCAAGUCAACCCAACACUCCACAGUGUUUUUUACUUACUCCGAAACUGUUAUCUGAUUUGGAAUAUGGCGAGGCCUGUACGAUUCUGACUGUUAUGAAUGGCCCAUGGAUUAAGCAGCCAUCAGAAGUAUGGAAAUUUGGAGGAAGUUGGGGAUCUGUUAUGGGAUUAUUGGGAGAAAGCCAUCGAGUCAGAUAGAUGGAUGGAUACAGGAAGUGUAUUAUAUAGCCUUCAAACUUUUGAUGCUGACGCGGCAAGAUUAGAGAUUAGCUUUCUUGACCAUAUUGGUCUCAUCCCAUUAAUUUGUAUUUUCUUUUCAUGAUACUAGACAAUUUAUAUGGGAAAGAACAUGCAAGUGCUUUCUCUAACUUGUACAUGGUAAUGGGUUUUUGUUGGAGAUAUAAAUAAUUUUAUGGCGUAUUGUGUAAAUGGAUGUUAUUAGUA